UGUCGGCUGUCCCCUGUGGUCUGUGACUGUGUCGUUGGGCCAGGUCCGUCGUCCUGUCCUAGUGUACUCUGUAGGCUUGUACACUUGCUCACAAACUUCCGUAUACUGAUGAACUUGUGCCUGUUAGACACUGGUAUUCCGAUUUAUGCCCUUGCGUGUCGCUUGUGAUGGACCCAUGGCCUGUUUUCCGUUUUGCGUCGUGAUAUGUCAGUGAGGGAGCAAUGAUGCAGAUAUCAACAAAGUCAACACAAUGGAGGUACAUCAGUUAGAAUUGCUUUGCAAACAGUUAUAUGAAUCACAAGACUCUGCUCAACGUGUUGAGGCUGAAAAGGCAUUAGUUGGAUUUCAAAAUGCUCCAGACACGCUAUCAAAGUGUCAACUUCUUCUUGACCGUGGGGACUCUCCCUAUGCCCAGCUCUUGGCCGCCACAACGCUCACCAAACUCGUGUCCAGAUCAGCACAGGGUCUCAGUCUUCAGCAAAGAGUGGACAUUCGAAAUUACAUUUUGAAUUAUUUAGCUACUCAGCCUAAGCUUCCUGGAUUUGUCAUUCAAGCACUUGUUACUUUGUUUGCAAGAAUAUCAAAACUAGGCUGGUUUGAUAAUGAUAAAGAUGAAUUUGUGUUUCGCAAUGUUGUUACUGAUGUGACAAAAUUUUUGCAGGGUUCGGUUGAACAUUGCAUGAUUGGAGUUCAGCUUCUCUCUCAGCUAACAUGUGAAAUGAAUCAAAUAUCAGAAGCUGAUGCCAACCGCUCUUUGACUAAACAUAGGAAGAUUGCAUCGUCGUUUCGAGAUACACAACUAUUUGAAAUAUUCAGACUUUCUUGCACUCUACUAGGAACAGCUAAUGGAAAUUGCAAAAGUUUAAAUUUUAAUGAUGAAGGACAGCAUGGUCUUCUAACUCAGCUCCUAAGAUUAGCACACAACUGCUUGACAUUUGAUUUUAUCGGAACGUCAACAGAUGAGUCAUCAGAUGAUUUGUGUACUGUUCACUGUCCAACUAGCUGGCGGCCAGCUUUCCUCGACUUCUCCACUCUGAAAUUGUUUUUCGAUCUGUACCACUCAUUGCCGACUACCCUUUCACCUCUUGCCUUGUCUUGUGUUGUACAAAUUGCGUCGGUUCGGCGAUCGCUGUUCAGCAACACAGAGAGAGGGAAGUUCCUUACACAUCUUGUAAAUGGUGUUAAACAAGUACUCCUGAACCCUCAGGGGUUGAGUGAUCCUAGUAAUUACCACGAGUUUUGCCGACUUCUUGCUCGCUUGAAGUCUAAUUACCAGCUUGGUGAAUUAGUAAUGGUGGAUAAUUAUCCUGAAGCAAUUCAGCUUGUUGCCAAAUUCACAGUUGAAAGUCUUCAGAUGUGGCAAUUUGCCCCCAAUAGUGUCCAUUAUCUACUUAGUCUCUGGCAACGUAUGGUAGCCUCAGUACCUUAUGUGAAGGCUAAAGAACCUCAUUUGCUAGAAACUUAUACCCCUGAAGUAACCAAUGCUUACAUCACAUCAAGAUUGGAAUCAGUGGCUGUUGUUGUUAGAGAGGGCUUGGAGGAUCCUCUAGAUGACUUAGGUAUGGUACAUCAACAGCUAGAACAGCUUUCAGUCAUAGGACGUUGUGAAUACCAGAAAACAUGUGCACUGCUUGUAACAUUAUUUGACCAAGCUGCACGUCUUUACCAGGAGCUCAUAAGCACUCCAACUUCAGUACAAAUAGAUAUAUCCAUUCAGGAAGGCCGCCUCACAUGGUUAGUGUACAUAAUUGGAUCAGCCAUUAAUGGAAGAGUAUCCUUCAAUAGUAAUGAGGAACAUGAUGCUAUGGAUGGGGAACUGGUUUGUAGGGUACUUCAACUGAUGAAUUUAACUGAUUCUCGACUGCCCCAAGGUGGCUGUGAAAAGUUAGAAUUAGCAAUGCUAAGCUUUUUUGAACAGUUUCGUAAAAUAUAUGUAGGUGACCAGGUUCAGAAAAAUUCCAAAGUUUAUAGAAGACUGUCUGAGGUAUUAGGGCUUAGUGAGGAUUCUAUGGUUUUAAGUGUUUUCAUUAGGAAAAUCAUCACAAAUCUUAAAUUUUGGGGUCGGAGUGAACAGAUUAUUACAAAAACGCUUCAGCUUUUGAAUGAUUUGUCUGUUGGUUAUAGUUGUGUGAGAAAACUUGUAAAACUGGAUGAAGUUCAAUUUAUGUUGAACAAUCACACUAGUGAACAUUUCCCUUUCCUCGGAAAUUCUGUGGCUGUAAGUGAAAUGCGAUGUCGUACAAUGUUCUACACUUCCCUGGGACGUCUUUUGAUGGUUGAUCUUGGUGAGGAUGAAGAUAGAUUUGACCAAUUCAUGUUACCCUUGACUGCUGCGUUUGAAUCCAUAGGUUCAAUGUUAGCUUUGGCAGAAACUCCCAUGUUUGCAGCUGAAGAAGCCAAAAAAGCUCUUAUUGGUUUAGCCAGAGACUUGCGCGGACUUGCCUUUGCUUUUAAUACCAAACCUUCAUACAUGAUGUUGUUUGAUUGGGUAUAUCCAGCCUACACACCCAUUCUAUUACAUGCAAUGCAGCUGUGGUUCAGGGAACCCCAGGUUACCACCCCGGUGCUAAAACUUUUCACUGAGUUGGUUCAAAACCGAUCUCAAAGAUUGUUAUUUGAUGUGUCCUCCCCAAAUGGUAUACUGCUGUUCAGAGAAGCCAGUAAAAUCAUCUGCAGUUAUGGCCAGAAUAUACUUAAUGUAGAAGUGAGCAAAGAACAAAUGUAUCCAAUGAAGUUGAAAGGAAUAUCUGUCUGUUUCUCAAUGCUAAAAGCAGCACUAUGUGGCAGUUAUGUUAACUUUGGAGUAUUUCGUCUAUACAAUGAUGAAGCCCUUGAUGAUGCAUUGAAAACUUUUGUGAAACUUCUGCUGUCUAUUCCCCAUACUGAUCUAUUAGAUUACCCUAAAUUGUCCCAGACAUACUACCUGCUCUUGGAUUGCUUAGCACAAGACCACAUGACCUUUCUAGCCACCUUGGAGCCUCAUGUGUUUUUGUGCAUUAUGUCAUCCAUCUCAGAUGGACUGACUGCUAUAGGUGGGACACUGAAUCAUUUCACAGAUACAAUGGUUUGCACAAGUUGCUGUGCAACUUUAGACAAUAUUGUAACACACCUUUUUAAACAAUUAACUCAAAAAGGUGAUGCAGGUAAAAAGCCCCGACGUGGAGUUCAGCCUUCUUCAGAUAUGUUUUUACAAGUUUUGGAUUGCCAUCCCGAAAUACUUCAACAAAUUUUAUCAACUGUAUUAAACACUAUCAUGUUUGAGGACUGCCGAAAUCAAUGGUCCAUGUCAAGGCCACUUCUUGGGCUCAUCCUUCUCAAUGAGGAAUAUUUUAAUCAACUUCGAGAGAACAUCGUCCGAACCCAACCUCCAGAUAAGCAAGCUUCAAUGGCCCAAUGGUUUGAAAAUUUGAUGGAUGGAAUUGAAAGAAAUCUUCUUACCAAGAAUCGAGAUAGGUUCACUCAAAAUCUCUCUAUGUUCAGAAGGGACAUCAAUGAUUCUCUUAAGGGUCCUAAUAUGGUUGCAUCUGUCAUCAGUGACACAUCCAUGAUGACAUCGUAAGGGAAUCAAAAAAUAUCUCUUUAGUAAUGGUUGUUGUUCAACUCUCUGGUCCCAACUUUUACAGAAGUGCACAUGACUUCACUACAAUGGUUUUGUUUCUUUUGUUCAAACCAUGGAAGUCUAUUUCAUUUCUGUACUCAUUGUGGUUCAAAAUGUUUGAUGAUGAUGAUGAUAAUUAUAACAUCUACUGCACUACCAGGAACAUUUUGUUUCUCAGAGAUAAGUGAAUGUGGAGUUUGGAUUGAAGCAGAAUAAGAAAAAGAGAAAUGUUUGGAACCUUUGUAGGGAAAUGUUGAUGCCAAUAGCUAGUUAUCAAUUGAUGUUGAACUUGUGUGUCAGGCACAUGGUAAUUGAGUGAGAGAUUAAACUUUUCUACAGUCCCUGUGAUGUGGUAUGUUGUGUAUGAUAUUAUUUAAGUAAUACGAACAAAAACUAAAUCACUGUUUAAGGUGUGCAUGUGCCACAGAAGACCCUUUUAUAAAGCUGUUUGUAUUUUUGGUAACUUGAAAAGAACCGGAAUAAAUUUGGUUCUGAAUUCAAAAUGCAUGUGUGAAUGUCAACUGUGUGUGUUUGUGAAUUUUGUAUGGAUUUUUUAAAAUACUAAGGUGAUACUUGUAUAGUGCUGGGCAGGAAUUGUAGUUGUUUUUUUUUCUCUUGGGAGUAAGAGUAAUAUAUGCUUACUUUUUAUUAUGUCAAGAAUCUUUUCUCUUUUUUUUUUACCUUUUGAUCUUGUACAGUAUGCCUUGUUGCCCCCUUUGUAACAAUUCCAUUUCAUUUUUUAACAACUUUCCCUGUGUCUUUGUGAUCAGACCAACCCUUAAAGCUACUGUCAUGAGAUGAAACCAGAGCUUGUAACUACUUAUAGUGAAAGUUUAUUUCCAAUAAUAAUGAUCAAGGCUAAUGACGAAUAAAGAGAGUUUCUAGUUAAA